AUGUUCCUACGACGAUCCGGGAUCCGCACCCUGGGAACACGCGCGCUAUCCAUCCCAGUCGGGUCUCCCAUAUACCAUCAUGAUAUCGAUCUUCAUGGCGACCCCGUGGUAAACGUCUUCACUGACGGCUCGUGUCGCAACAACCAGAACUCGGAACUCGCCCAGGCCGGUGCUGCUGUGUUCUUUGGCGUUAAUGAUCCACGCAACUAUGGGUUUGUGCUCGCUGAAAAUCCCACCAACAACAGAGCAGAGCUGCUUUCCGUGCACGAGGCCACGCGAAUCAUUCUCAGCGACCUUACAGAACACACCCAUACAAAAUUCCAGAUCAUGACAGACUCCAGGUACGUGAUCGGGUGUCUGACAGAAUGGUGCCACCGAUGGCAGUCCAACGGGUGGCGGAACAGAAAGGGCAAAUAUGUUGCCAACCAGGACGAGAUUCGGGCGAUCUUGGUCAACGUACAAGCAAUCAACUCCCAGUACGCAAACAUCGGAUGGGGGCCACUAUGCUUCAAGCACGUUUACGGACACAGUGGUAUUUACGGCAACGAGAUGGCAGACCAACUGGCAACCGCGAUCAGCGGAACUGCACUGGCAAUUCCCGCAGCUACAGCGCCAGACACGACCUAA